UCCAAACACUUCUUCUUCGACUGCAUUCACCGCACAUUGUCGCGCUCUCGGCAGAGCUUCUUCUAGGGUUCGCGUUCUUUGUCACUUCUUCUAUUGUUCGCGUUCUUUGUCAACUUCUCUUUCCAGUCAAGAUGGUUCUUCAAAACGACAUCGAUCUGCUCAAUCCUCCGGCCGAGCUCGAGAAGAGGAAGCACAAGCUCAAGCGUCUCGUGCAAUCUCCCAACUCGUUCUUCAUGGACGUCAAGUGCCAGGGUUGCUUCAACAUAACGACGGUGUUCAGUCACUCGCAAACGGUGGUGGUGUGUGGAAACUGCCAGACGGUGCUGUGCCAGCCGACUGGUGGGCGCGCUAGACUUACCGAGGGGUGCUCUUUCAGAAGGAAGAAUGAUUGAUUAAUUGUUGGCUGUUUGCUUUAGUAGAGUUCCCGAGGGGUGCGCCUUGUUUUUGUUUUGAAAUAUGUUAUUACUUUAGGAACAAGUUUUGGACAUCUAUUGUUACCUUGUUGUUGGUAUGUUCAAUUUUAUUUGGUGAAAUGGAACUUGGUUUUGUUUGACAUUACUGAUUAUAUCAUUAUUGUUGCUUUUCUUGA